GUCAACACCCCAAAUCCUUUUCUUUUGCCAUUCACAUUCUCCUUUUUUUUUUGUCUUUUGCUUUUCUACUCCUUCUCCACGAAGUUACCUUCCCCAUGAAGUUGUCUCUCGCCCCUUAACUUCACUACACACUCACUAGUCACGACACUGCUUCUUAUUUCACUCUUGAGACUUGUUUAUUUUCUUUUUCUCUCUCUCACUCUCUGUUUCUUUGUUUAGUUUUGCAAUGGCGACUAGUAGUAACAGUCCCCGAGAUCAUAUAGAGCAUCUUAGGAAAACGACGUUUUCCAUCGGCGGACAAGAGAAUCCACUGGCUUCCAUGCUUGACAAGGCUGUUGAGUAUCUCUCUGCUGAACUCUAUGCCAAGGAUGUUCACUUUCUCAUGGAACUCAUCCAGAAUGCAGAAGACAAUGAAUACCCGGCAGGGGUGGAUCCUUCGCUUGAGUUUGUCAUAACAUCUCGUGAUAUAACUGCUACUGGUGCAUCUGCCACUUUGCUCAUUUUCAAUAACGAGAUGGGUUUUACUCCUAAGAACAUCGACUCCAUUUGCAGCGUUGGAAAUUCCACUAAGAAAGGCAACCGCAAACGCGGUUAUAUCGGGGAGAAAGGAAUUGGGUUCAAGAGUGUGUUUCUCGUUAGUGCACAACCCUGCAUAUUCAGUAAUGGUUAUCAGAUACGAUUCAGUGAAAAGCCUUCUCCAGACUGCAAGCUUGGCUACAUAGUUCCUGAAUGGGUUGAGGAUAGCCCAUCUCUUUCUGACAUAAAGCAAAUAUAUGGUUCCAGGUGCUCUUUACCUACUACCACCAUUGUCUUGCCUUUGAAGCCUGACAAGAUGGGACCUGUAAAGCAGCAACUUUCGAGCAUCCAUCCAGAAGUACUGCUAUUCCUGUCGAAGAUAAAGUGCCUCUCUGUCAGGGAGGAUAAUGAAGAUCCAAGACUCAAUACUGUUAGUGCAAUAGCUAUUACAAAAGAGACCAAUUUCGUGACAAGGAAGAAUAUUGAUGCCGAAUCCUACACACUCCACCUGUCUGCAGAGGAAAAUGGUGAUAGCUCCAGGGCAGAAUGCAGCUACCAUAUCUGGAGGCAGAAGUUUCCUGUUAGACAGGAAAACAGAGUUGAGAGGAGAAUGGAUGUGGAGGAUUGGUUGGUUAGUUUGGCUUUUCCUAAUGCAGAGCGUCUGCAUCGAGGAACCAGCUCACCUGGAGUUUAUGCAUUCCUUCCUACAGAGAUGGUUACAAAUUUCCCAUUCAUAAUUCAAGCAGAUUUUAUUCUGGCAUCAUCAAGAGAAACGAUAUUGUUGGACAACACAUGGAAUCAAGGGAUUCUUGACUGCGUGCCCUGUGCUUUUGUCAAUGCAUUAAUCUCGCUGGUAAAAAGUACAGAAGAUGCACCGCUAUCUAGUUUGCCUCGAAUGUUUGAGUUCCUGCCACUCAGCGGCUCUCCCUAUCCAAAGUUGAAUGUUGUCAGAGAAUCAAUCAAAACAAAACUGGCUGCGGAAAAUAUUCUCCCAAGUGAGUCAUACACGGUGCAGAAAUUCUUUCAUAAGCCAUGUGAAGUUCGCCGAAUAAUGCCUGAAUUUUGGAAUAUACUGAAGAAGGCAAGGAAUCAAGGAGUGAGCUUGCAUAAUCUCUCAUCCCAUGGUUCUUAUAUUCUGAGUUCUUCAUUUGACAAACCGGAAUAUGAUCAAAUACUGAAUUUCCUGGGAGUGGGAUCAGUGAACAAUGAAUGGUAUGCAAAGUGCAUUCAGGGCUCUAAUCUUGUAAUGGGAGUCUCAGACGAAACCUAUCUGGAACUUCUCAUUUUUUUGGCUGACAAUUGGCAAUCUAAGUUUCAGAAUACCGAGAUUUUGAGAAUUCCACUUAUAGAAUAUGUAGGUCUUGAUGGGAGUGUGCAUUUGGCCACUAUUAGCGAGUCAACAAGGGGUGUAUUGUCGCUGUGCUUUGCCAAUGCAUUGACUCAUGCCUCAUGGUUGAUUGAUUGGAAUAAAGAAUUCAGAUGCGCUGCGAAAUGGUUUUUUGUGCCUCUAGGUACACAACAAACUAUCAGGUCAUGUUCCAAAAAACAAGUAGUGUGGGAUUGGCUUAUAAACCAUGUCAAACUCACUGCUUGCAGUGUGUACGAGUAUGCAACCGUACUCACUAAUCAUGUCAGUGCUGACCGAAAACUCGCCAUUGCCUAUGUUCACUUCUUAUAUCAUUCCUUCUCUCGCCAGUAUCUAUCAGAUUCACAGAUUAACAAUCUACGUGAUGUUGUGCCUCUUGUGGACAACUAUGGGAAUGUGAGAACGAGGAGGAGUGCAGUUCUUGUACCAGCUAAUGAAAGUGAAUGGGUGCGGUUAAUUGGUUCAAAUCCCUGGAGAGAAGAUGGCUAUAUUGAGUUGGGAGAAGACUACUCACGUCCUGCAUGUUAUGCUGGUCAAAGCAUGACUGGAAAGCAGCUUAUACUAUUUCUGAAAGCUCGUCUUCGUGCUGUUGAUAUUCCUCAUAUAUCUCCUCCCGAUGCUGGAAUCCCAGCGGUGUCUGCAACACUUACGAAGCAGAAUGCGUUCUUGCUGUUGGAAUGGAUUCGCUAUCUGAACAAUAAGGGCAAUGGCAUUCCAGACAAGUUUUUAUCUUGCAUAAAGAAUGGUAGCUGGCUGAGAAUUACCAUGAAUGGCUUUCCUGGUCACAGACCACCAUCUCAGUCAUUCCUACUCACCUCGGGAAAUUCCGACUGGGGAAGCAUUAUGCAGCAUGGAUCUGUACUUGUGGACAUUCCAUUAAUUGAUAAGAGCUUCUACGGUGAUGAAAUUUAUAAGUACAGGGAGGAGCUAAAAUCAAUUGGAGUCAUGUUUGAAUAUAGAGAAGCGUGUGAAUUUAUUGGGAAGCGACUCAUGUCUCUUGCUACUUCAUCUACCUUAAGCAAAAGCCAUGUGAUUGCAAUGCUCAAUUUUAUUAGGUUUUUGAGGAAAAAUUUGCUUUCUCCAAGUGGUUUUAUUUGCAGCGUUAAGGAUGGAAGAUGGCUGCACACAUCCCGUGGUAGCCGAUCUCCGGUUGGAUCUGUUUUGUACAAUCAGGAGUGGGCAAGUGCUAAGCAAAUAAGUGACAUCCCCUUCAUUGAUCAACAAUAUUAUGGCGAUGAAAUUCUUUAUUUCCAGACAGAACUUCAGCUCCUUGGCGUCACCAUUGGCUUCUGUGAAAAUCACCAGGUGGUUGUGGACUUUCUGAACCCUUCGAUGUUGAACAAUCUUACAGCUGAAACUCUUUAUUUGGUAUUGGAUUGCAUUCGCCAUAUUCAAUCUGCUGAAAAACUGGUUAAUGCUUGUAAAAGUGCAAAAUGUCUGAAGACUGACUUUGGUUAUAAGCGUCCAGGUGAAUGCUUUUUGUUUGAUCCUGAAUGGGGUUGCCUUCUAGAGAUUUUCGGUGGUUUUCCAUUCAUUCUUGAUAGUUUCUAUGGAAGCAACAUCAUUUCUUUUAGAAAGGAGUUGAAGCAGCUGGGAGUAAUAGUAGACUUGGAGGAGGCUGCUAAAGUCUUUGCGCUCACUUUUAAGCAGCAGGCAUCAUUACAUUCCAUUACCAAGAAUAAUGUUCUUUCUUUCCUGGCAUGCUACAGACAGCUAAAGGGGUCUCCUCAAAAACUUCCUCCAGAUCUGACGAGCUGCAUCCGUGAAGCAAAAUGGUUAAAGACUAGGCUUGGUUAUUAUAGAUCUCCGCAAGACUGCAUCCUGUUUGGGCCUGAUUGGGAGUCAAUCUCUCCAAUUACUCUGCUUCCUCUUAUUGAUGAUAGUGACACUUGUUAUGGGAAGGAGAUAUAUGAAUAUAGAAAGGAACUAAAGAGUUUGGGGGUGGUUACUAGUUUUACAGAUGGCUUGAAGUUCGUGGUUGAUGGUCUUUGUUUUCCCCAGGAUCCCAGAAGCAUAACUCCUGCGAAUGUGUUCUCAUUGCUCGAAUUUAUCCGGAUUUUCUUGCAAAAGGAUUCAUCUCUUCCGCAGGUUUUUCUGAAAAAGGCUUCUAAAAAAUGGUUGAGGACCAAUGCAGGUUAUGCGGCUCCAGACAUGUGCUGCUUGUUCGAUUCGAAUUGGGGAUCCCAUGUGAAGCAGACUGAUGGACCUUUCAUUGAUGAUGGAUUUUAUGGUUCUAUAAUUACAUCAUACAAAAGAGAACUCAGUGCUAUAGGAGUCAUUGUUGAAUUAGAAAAGGGAUGCUCAUUGCUCGCCAGUCACCUAGUUUCUCAUUCUGAAUUUGCCACCAUACUACGAAUAUAUGAAUUUUUGAUUCAAUACAAGUGGAAGCCUGGAAGUACAACAACUGACUUGAUUUGGAUUCCAUUUGGAAAUGAAGAUGGAAAGUGGGUUAAUCCAGGAGCAUGUGCUCUACAUGACAAGGAUAAUCUCUUUGGCUUGCUGUUGAAUGUUCUAGAGAAACACUAUCAGCCGAGGUUGCUCAAUUUCUUUUCCAGCGAAUUUGGCGUCAAAAGCAAUCCUUCAAUCGAUGAUUACUGCAAGCUUUGGAAGACUUGGGAAAACACAGGACACCAAUUGACGCAUGCUGCAUGUUGUGCAUUCUGGGGGUGGGUUAUUAAGCAAAAGAGCUCAAAAGUAGAAAAAAUUCUGGCCGAUGACUUGGCAAAACUUCCCGUUCUUUCAGGCUCUGGUGAAAUAUUGAUGUCCGACAAGUGCGAUGUUUUUAUAGCGGAUGACCUUCAACUGAAAGACCUCUUUGAGAAGUGUUCAACCCGCUCUAUAUUUGUCUGGUAUCCUCAGCCAAGCGCCCCUUCUUUGCCUCGGAGUAUGUUGCUUGAAGUGUACAGGAAAAUCGGGGUUCGCACAAUCUCUGAAUCAGUGCAGAUGGAAGAACUCUCUUUAGAAGAUAGUAUAGAGCUUAAGCAGGCGAGUGCAAACGAAAUUGGGAUUGGGAAAGGGCUGGUUAGACUCAUUUUGGGCUUUCUAGCUGAUCCUUCUCUUAAAAUGGAACCAAAAACAAGGCAUGAAGCUGUAAAGUGCCUCCUCCACCUCACUCUGUUGGAGACAGUGGAGCGAAUUGAAGUAAGCUACAGUUUAUCACUCUCAUCUGGUGAGAUCGUGAAAGUAAGAACUGAACGAAUGCUACGCUGGGACAAAGAGAGUUCUAAGCUUUUCACACAGAAGACGAAUAGAGCCGGUGGACAGAGAAAUCUCGUUGAAUAUGCAACAUAUUUCUCUGAGGCAAUAGCUGAGGGAGUGUUAUGGGAGAAAGAAAGUCACAUACGUGCGCUUUCUGAGUUGAUUAGGUUGGCUUUCGUGCUGAAUUUUGAUGAAGAAGCAGUUGAAUUUUUGAUGAAAUCCAAAAAUCUGCAAGUUUUCGUGGAGGAUGAGGAGUUCUUGUCUGCUGCAUUCCCCUCUCCCUAGGUCUAUGCUGAACUGAUUGCUAGUUGUAUGUAAACUUUACUUUUCCCCCCCGCUACUGUGUUUAUGCAUGUUUGAUGGUAAGUGCUAUGGGUUUAAAAUAUGUAAUACUUAGUGCUCUGCCUAUGGGAGCAUAGUCUUUUUGUAUAUAAAUGACUGCUGCGUUCUGUUUCUUUUCUAUGAUCAAGUCUUGCACUACUCUGAACUGCAAUUCAAGGGAACUGGCAUUUAUAUUCAAUAUGCUCACAUGCAAUGUGUUUUAUGUCUUUC